AUGUCAAGAAAAGAAGUCAUAAAAGCACUGGAUAAAAUGUUGAAAGACAUUAAUGAUUCAGAAAGGGACAAGACAUUAAUGAUUCGGUGGAGAUUUUCGCCAAUUCUACCUGUGGUUCAAAAAGGCACAAGACAACAACAAAUUGAUGCUAGCUUGGUUUCUUCUUACCUAUGGCCAACAUUGACAAAGUUUCAUUUGACUGAAAAUAUGCGUGCAAGAUUUGAUCCAGACUUUUCAAAAUAUAUAUUGGAAUUAGGCAAAGGGAUGCCACCAAUCACAAUUGAUGAACUUGUCAAAAUCUCUACAGCCAUGUUAAUCCAUUAUGAAAAUGAUGCCACUUCUUUGAAUCUUUUGGUGGAUGCUGUUUUUCAUAAUAUUUGUGAUUAUUCAGUAAAUAUUUCAUCCACGAUGAAUCGAGCUAUAUUGACACCAAAUAAUAGUUAUAUUGAUGAAAUAAACACUUUGUUAAUUCAGAAAUUUCCCAGAGAGCUAAAACGAUAUUACAACUUUGAUGAAUCGAUUGAUGCAUCUGAACAGGCAGUUAUGGAAGAUUUCUUGAAUACUCUAACACCAAAUGGACUUCCUCCUCAUGAGUUAUUACUGAAACAAAAUUGUCCAAUCAUGUUGCUCAGAAACAUUAACCGUUCAGAAGGAUUAUGCAAUGGAACACGACUUAUCUGUCGCAAUUUUGAUCGUAACGUCAUUCAUGCAGAAAUUGUUGUUGGUCAUCACAAUGGCAAAAAAGCUUUUAUUCCAAGAAUCUCAUUAUUACCAAAUCCUGAUGAAAAUAGCGGUUUCCCAUUUAAGUGA